CACCAAGACUUGCCGAGCGUGCACCCAGACUUUGUCACAGACGCAGACUUAGAGUCUGCGCAGACCUGCACCCAGACCGGCCGUAACUUACACAUUCACGCGACUGGUUCGUUCCAGGUUCGUUCAUCAAGUUGACAAAUAUGUACGCCAAAUAUCCUUGGAGUAUCAUAGUACUAAUCGCUUGUCAAACUUAUCCAAUAUCCUUGGAGUAUCAUCAAUAUCAUAGUACUACUCGCUCGUCAAACUUAUCCCGGAGAUAUAUCUUUCCAGCAAACAUUAACAUCUAAACUCGACACCGCCAGCUGCUUGUCUGCCGUUCUGUUCAAAGCGGACCGUCGCCCGCCAUAUGAAUCACGUCCUAUCGAGAGCGGAGAUGAUGGCAGGCCACCUUCAAGUGGCAUCCAUGCUCUGCUCAUCGACGAUCGUUCUCAUUCGAGAGAUUCUCGACUGCCUGAAUAAUAUCACGGCUGGCGACGCCAUUAGCGAUAUCACUGCUACGAACUACUCAGCUACAGAUUACCCAGUAUCUCGCCUGCACCAUGAACUGUGUCACAUGCCUACAAAUUCGUUUCUCGAUAGUCACGAAGACUCGAAGAGAGAACUCUGCCCAAUCUUGCCAUUGCACUUGAAGUAUUUUACAUCGUUUCAGCAUUCCACCUCGUCGCCUGAACCAAUUUUCGGCAAUCCCAUUAGAUUUUCAACACCUCCUACCCCUUUAUAUUUACUCAAAUUCCACUCGAAACGCUUGUCCAUCAGUUCUGACGCUCACGACGACGACUCGAUUCAGGUCGGAGUCAAGCACAUCCUCUUCGACGAUGGCUCGGAUAUCAAAGACGUCAAGUCGCCUGCUGGCCAACGCACUUUCUACGAGGACGACCAUCCUAUUGCACUCUGGACCAGGGUGGUCUGGUGCAGGUCCUCCGCAGGAGUGCCGGGGGUCCUGGCGCAGUGGCUGGAGUCCUGGCUCGUAGGUAGUCGCUACUCCAUGUUGUAGUCGGUCC